AUGACCUCACAUUGCCUCACAACAAACAUGUUGAGUAAAAAGUUGAUUCAAUAUUUUGUGUCAGUGGGAAAUCGUCGGUUUAUAAGUCAAAGUGUAAAAAAUUUUGAGUCAAAAGCUACUGACUCUGCUACCAAAGCUAAUGUCCAAACAGGUGCCUCUGGGACAAUGCCUGGAAGGUCAAUGUACAAAACCACUGGUUUUGACAGGUGGAUACUCACUUGGGUGAAAAGAUAUCCCAAAGGACAAGUUCCAGAACUAAUCUCCGAAGACGCUAUAUAUCAAGCAAAGAGUAAAGCUAGAGUCAAGGCAGCAAACUACAUGAUGGCUGCAACAGUUUUAAUGUGUCUCGGGACAGUUUUCUAUGCCAAAGGUUUGGUAAAAAAAGGUGAUUCAAUCCAGAAAAGAAGAGAAGACUGGCAUGAAAAUAUCAAAGAGGAAGCCAGAAUAGAAAGAGAGAAUACUGCAAGCAAGUAAAUUUUAACUGUUUGUUUAGAACAGUGAGUUGGUCGGUUUAGCAAUAUCACCUAUGAAUUUCGAUAUUAUUGUAAACAUAUAAUACUCAUAA